AUGUCUACCCCCUCUGACUCCUACGUCCUACACGACCACUCCCCGUCAACCGACAACGACGACGAUGUCGCCUCCCUUCCGUCCAUCUCCAGCAGUAUCCUAGACUCGGACGAUGACUCGGAAUACGACGACGAAUCAGACGCGCAAAAGGAAUGGGAACAGAGUCUCGAGCAGCUGCAGCUUCUCAUGACCAUGGUGCUAAUACCGUUCGCGGGGAAGUUUUUGGGGCGCAAGUUUGCUUAUUGGAGUUGGGGACGGUACAUGGAGUGGAUGCACGGUGUCAAGGUUGAGUGGUAUAACAAGACGCUAUUCAACAUUGCCGGUUGGGUAGGAGCCGCGUCGACGGUCUGA